AUGCGUUACUCCCUCUUCCUUGGGGCUGCUGCCCUCGUAGCCGCUUCUCCAGCGCCUCAGGCUUUCGAUGUCAACCAGUUCAACGCCUUGCCCAACAACGUUGCUCAGGGCCCAAAGGCUGGUGUCACUGCUGAGAGCGCUUACAACCAGGCUCAGGCUCAGAACACCGCCGCUGCUGCUGCCACUGGCGUUGCUACUGCCCAGCAAGCAAAGAGGAGCGUCGGUGCCCAGCUUGAGGCUCGUGACCCUACCUUCUGGUGGAACUGGAACCAGGCUCAGAACAACCAGCCUGCUCCUGCUCCUGCCGUUACCCCUGCUCCGGCUACCACCGCUGCGCCUGCCGCCAACCCUUCUUCUACCAACCUUGCACCAUCUUCGUGCUCCCCGGUUAGCUGGACCAACACCUUCGCUUUCACCUCAGACCCCGCCUGCGCUACUCAGAUCGAGGUCGGCACCUACUGUGGUUUCAUCAACCCUGAAGACCCAUGUGCUGCUCAGCCCAACGCCUACGGCCCACCAACCACUCCCGACACUGCCGAUGCUUUCAAGAAGAACGAGGUUUACCACAAGUUGGCUACCUCCGCUAAGACUCCUUCCGGUUACGAGUCUUCUUUCGUAGACCUCAGCGCCUCCGUUGAGGGCAGCGGUUACCUCGGAUACUACGAGCUUACCAGCUACGACACUGCUGCUUGCUCCGCCAAGUGUGACUCUACCUCCACCUGCACUGGUUUCAACCUUUACAUCGAGCGUGACCCCAAGUGGAACCCGCGCCAGUGCUCUUGCGACAAGCCUGACUCCGUUACCCGCUUCAAGUGCACUCUCUGGGGACAGGAUGUCAAGAAGGAGUCUGCUACCAACGUCGGUCAGGGCCAGGAUGGAUUCGAGGUUGUCAUUGUCGGCUCCAACGGUUACAACAAGGCUACCUACAACCCUCCUACUCCUCCUUCUUGCAGCAAGCCCCAGUCUUGCGGCCACAAGCUCCACAACCAGCAGCCAUUCUGCAUGGGUCAGACUACUUUCCCCGGUCCUUUCGAUCCUUCCCUCUGCGCCGCCUACGCCCAGAAGCAGAACGAGGUCAACCGCAAGCACGGCAUCAUUGGCAUGUGGCUCUCCAUGUUCGGCAUGAACAAGGGUGGCUGCGUUCAGUUCCAGGCUGCUUACCUCGAGAAGGAGGGCAAGGGUUUCGGUACUCACUGCCGCCUCUUCACCAAGAAGUUCACCCCUGCCCAGGCCAACCUCGACAUCUCCGUCGGAGGUUCUUCCCAGUGGGGUUGCCAGAAGUCUUUCACCUGGGACGUUGAUGUCAACGCCAGCUUCAACUGGGGUGGCUGGUCUUACUUCAAGGCCAAGCGCGACGAGUAG